AAAGUCCACAAGUCUUCUCUCUCUCUCUCUCUCUCGAUUCUUCUUCUUGUAGAGAGAGCUUUUAUGGCGGUGGAGCUCAUGACUAGAAACUACAUCUCCGGCGUGGGAGUCGACAGCUUCGCCGUUCAAGAAGCAGCAGCUUCAGGGCUCAAAAGUAUGGAGAAUUUUAUCGGUUUAAUGUCUCAUGAGAGCUUUAACUCCAACGAACCAUCUUCUUCCUCCUCCGCGGCCAUCACCGAUCUUGAACUAGCUCGUAAUACGACUGCGGACGCUGCCGUCUCCAAGUUCAAAAGAGUCAUAUCUCUCUUAGAUCGUACUCGAACCGGACACGCCCGGUUUAGACGCGCUCCGGUUAUUUCACCAAUUCAAGAAAUCAAACCGACGCCGUUUCAAGCUCCGCCGCCGAUCCGUAUAGGUUCGUUUUCUUCACCGUUUAAGACGAUCGAUUUCUCUUCUCUCUCCUCCGUAACGACGGAGUCCGAGCACAUGAAACACCACCACCGUCCUUCUGAAACGGCGCCGCUUGGUACUCAAAGCUUCUCCGCAACAGUUUCUUCACAUCAUCACCGUCCUUCUGAAACGGCGCCGUUUGGUACUCAGAGCCUCUCCACAACAGUUUCUUCUUUCUCCAAAUCAACGAAGAGAAAAUGUAACUCAGAGAAUCAUAUCGCCGGAAAAUGCGCCUCUGCUUCCUCCGGUCGUUGCCAUUGCUCCAAGAAAAGAAAGACAAAACAGAGGAGGGUAAUUAGGGUUCCGGCGAUAAGUGCUAAAAUGUCCGAUGUACCUCCAGACGAUUAUUCAUGGAGAAAAUACGGACAGAAACCAAUCAAAGGCUCUCCACAUCCAAGAGGAUAUUACAAGUGCAGUAGCGUAAGAGGUUGUCCAGCUCGUAAACACGUGGAGCGAGCAGCGGAUGAUUCGUCCAUGUUAAUCGUUACAUACGAAGCAGAUCAUAAUCAUUCUCUGUCCGCCGCUGAUCUCGCCGGCGCCUCCGUAGCCGAUCUCAUUUUGGAGUCGUCUUGAAGAAAAAAAUCUUUUAAGGCAUAUGAAAUAAAAUUAGAUCUUUAGUGGAGUUGCUUCUCUUUUAAUUCUGUUUUAGAUUACUGAAACUAUGACUCAUGUAAUCAAAAACCUUCUGCGGAACAUAAAAGUUUUAGCUAAGUUAAAAUUCGAUUCAUAUUAGUU